AUCUUUUGCACUACCAAUCAUGUGAAUGAAAGAAUGUAGACAAUAUUAUUCUGACAUUUUACUGUACAUCUAGUGCAAGCAAAUACUCCUUAACUUGAAAAAAAGUACUUGUAGACCAAUACCAAUUUAAUAUGUUCAGUAGAAUAGAAAUGUGGUAUUAUAUCAUUUUCUUUGUCUUUUAUAGAUUUUGAACUUAACUGUAAACUUAAAAUUGAAGUUUAUUUUUAUCCUCCAGUAUCACUGACAAAAAUUCUAAAGAAUUUUGAUCUAAAAUAAAAGGCAGAGAUUCAUCAUAUAGGGCAAACAGUGCUCGCCUUGACAAGAUAAUUACAACAGGUGGACCAGCUUUCCUCAGGGGUGUUGAAUGUUUGCUUCUCAACAGUCAUUGAUGAGCAUCUAUUUGGAGGUGAAGUAGUGUCCCUACAGAGAUGCCCAGCGCUGAUCCAUCCUGAGUAUAUUGUAUACACUGUAUUACACAGUCAUCUGCUCCCAAGGGGGACUUGGAAGUGAUACUAUCAGGUAAAACAGGUGCUUAGGUCUCCCACACAGAGCAAAGGAGGCUAUUGCAAGCACAUGGCCCAGACUAGCUUUUAGGGUGCAGUGGCAAACCAAACCUGAAUAAGCAUCAAGAGAAAGAGGAAGCAUUUUCUCCUUAAACGGCUGCCUUCCUGGAAUAUUUAUUUACUGGAGGAAUUUCAGGUUAGAUCCUGUAAUGUGAUGAUGAUUCAUUGAUUGAAGUUGGAAUGGGAAGGUUAAUAUCAGGAUUAGAUUUGUUGGUUCUGUUUUACGUGUAACUUGUGCGUAAGAGGAGUCUGACUGUGCAUUCUAAAACCAGGAUCAGAUAUAGAUAUACAUUUGUUUGACUGUUACUGUACUGAUGGUUCACUUAAUCUUCUCUUAAUUAGAUUUUUUAAAGAUAAAAAAAUAAAUCAAAAAAAAAUUAUAUACAUAGAAAAGGAAAAAAAAAAAGUACUAUCCUAGAAAGGUUCUGGGAAUCUUUAUUCAGCUCAUUGAAUAACUAAUUUAUCACCCAGUCUCUACUUGGAGGAAAGGGAUAAAAAAAUCAAUAUCAAGCAUCGAGGCCAGCUAGCUUGAGCACUGCCAGGCAGCCAGAAACUAUGGAGGAUAGUUAUGUAGCCUGACCAUUGUUACCAGCUCUGUGAUAAUACCUCCUUAUUAAAGGUCAGUGAUUAUAGACUAGCCUCUGAUGGACUGGUGAGAUAUUGGUCAGAGGUUCUAGUGGACAGAGGGCAUGUGUAUAUUGUGUGCCACCUCCCCCUCCACUGCUAGCCGUGUGGCAGAUAGCCGCUGCAAGGAGACCUUUUCUGAUUGGUCGGAUUGAAGAUAGUUCUUUACUAUAUCACCUGCAGAGGUUAUACAUACCAGGGACAAAGGCAUUGUUGGUUAGAGACUGGCGCAUGCCUCAAGGAAGAGACACUCUCAGGUAACCUGAACCAUGCUUUAAGACAGAGGAGGGAUAUAUUAUAUAUAUAGAAGGACAUAGGCAGAGAGAGAGAGAGACCUUGACUCAGGUAGAUAUGGCUGUGCAGAGAUGUUCAAUAUUCACAAAAUAUUAGGAAUGAGGAGAGUUCAGCCAUUGUAGAGGAGAGGUUUAAGAAGCAGAUAAAUUGUGAAAGUCUUAACUCGGAGGAAAGAUUUCUUCCUGUUGUGGUUUUAAGACUAAACUGAGGAAGAUGGAAACUUCCUGUUAAACCUAGGAAUCAAAAGAGGUGGUUCUUCCCCUUUGUUUGCAGAUAGACCUUAACUCACCCAUGCUUUGUGGUGGGUGAGAUAACUUUGAGUUUACUCAUUCUUUGUGACCGUGACAGGGUUAUUAUCAAACAGUUAAAGACUAAAAGGGCCAUGGACAGUGGGAGCCUUGUACACAUGAACUGGUAGCUAAAGGAGAGGCAGUGGUGUGUGACAGGCACAGCUAAGGUCAUGACGUCACAGGUAUAAAUAGUUGGGCUGCUGGCCAUGUGGAGCUAGUAUAGUACUAGUAGUUUGACUGAGCAUAACACAACAACAGCUAUAUAGUGGUCAGGCUUUAAGUCUUUACCUGCGUGGAUAAAACAUGACUUGGGGUUUUUGUUGACAGUGGCUGGUCAUCAAUCCAUGGUUUAACUUUGUGAACAGCACAAAAGGAUCACAGUACAGUGUACAACAAAUCGGUGGUAUGUUGAUCAUUGAAGGAUGUUUCUAUUAUAUAUAUAUAUAUAUAUCACCUGCAAUCCAGUUUAAAUUAUUCAUGUCCAGGUAAUAUAGCUUGAUUGGCUUGCUAUAGAUGACAUUCUUUAUGUGAUAUAAAGGAAAGAAGACACAAAGGACUUAACUACCAUUAUGAUCAAACAUUGGAUAUCCAUUUCUUAAAGGAGACUUCAUGAAAGCAUAGUAGAAUAGAACAGGAAAGCUGAGAUUAACGAGAAGUAUCAUGAAUAAUGCACCACUGUGAUGCCACAAUGAUAAACGGAGUUGGCACAAUUUCUGCAGAGAAUUAUAGUACGUAAGACAAGCGUGAUUCGAUUGAAGCAGAGGAUUUACAGUCACAAAUCUAAGACAGGAUGAUUGCAGUUUAGAGAGAGUAAACAUAUCACCUAGGUUUAAUAAGACAAGAGAGGAUCAGAUUUCACAGUGGAAGAGAAUUCUAAUGGGAAAUAAAAGGUCAGAGGAACAAUAAAACACAGAUACUGUAUCAUUGGUAAUAGGCCAAGAAAAGGGGGAGGAAUUUACAUUUAUACACACACACACACAUAUAUAUAAAUUGAAGAAGGAACGUGUAGAGGAGAAAUCCGCUCCACUGAACAGAUAUUACGAUGGGUAAAAAAGGGCGUAAGAAGGUGGCAACUUGUGUGUCACUUACGAGCACUUUAGAUGUGGUCAGCAGAGACAUGUUUCACCAGCGUAUGGAAGGAAUGUCUAUGAGUGACAGUUGCGAGGACUGUAAACGAGAGAGAUUUUGUUCCCGACCAAAGAAAAAGAAAAAGGGAGAGAGUAGCUGGGCUAAAGAGGUAAAGAACAAAUCUGGUUCCCCAAUCAUUAUCAAACUGUCUGAAGCCUUCAAGGGUGGCGAUAAAAUGAAAGAUUUGUUGAAGGCAUCAGAGGAGGAUAACAACGCAGAAAUGGUGUCAUAUUCAAAACACCAUCACCAUCGAUAUCAUCAGCAUCACCACAAUCAGCGAUACAGAAAUCACAGUGGAAGUAGCAGCAGUGGAGGGAGCUCGGCUGUAGUAAGCCUUAAGGCCAAAAACAGUAAGAAUUUCAAUGCAUUCCUCUCAGCAAUAGAGAAGGUUCACAAGAAGGACCGUCCCCUGGCUCCAUACAACCUCCACCCUGGGUAUCACUGGGGUGGGGAGGGCUACUGGGGCUGUAAAAACUACAUGCCUCAGGUACUCCUGAAUAAUAUGAUCUCAAAUCCAGGCAGCAGCAUGCAUGGGGCACACCACCCUGCAGAUCAUGCCUAUGAUCUCGAACAUGUGAAAUGGGAGAGUAUUAUUAAAUCUUCAAAUGUGAGUCUGAUAUGUAAUAAUCUCAACUCAGAAGUCUCGUCAGCCUCUGAGACACUUAGCACCACCACAGAUGACUCUGAGAAUUCCUCCAUUGUCUCUACAUCUGAGACUUUCUCCGAUGAUUCAGACAGCAUUUCUCAGGACUCCUUCGCAGAGGAAGGGGGAGCUGGAGUUCUCAGCAGAGCAGAGGUGGAGAAACUUGCAGCAUAUACAACAGGGUUUCCUUUGACCAAGUUUGGCUGUUUCCACCACGAGUGCCCUGAGUGUGUUGCCGCGGCGGGGUGGUAUUACCCUGGGGCUGCCUUGUCAGCAUACCCAGGGGCAGUGGCAUACAUCCCAGAUGCAACCUAUCUUCAGGGAAGGAGCAUCAUCAGAGCAGAAGCAGACCUGCAGGAGGAGACUGUUGCAACUAAGGAAACAUCGAAGACAACCCACACAGAAGAGCCUGGUAGUAAGAAGAAAACCAAAGAGGUGUAUGUUCCCAGAAAUUUAGACACUUCUGACUCUGAGGAAGAGAAAGUGGAUGACUAUAUUGAUGUUGAUUCCCUGAAAUACAGCAGUAAUAAUUACAACAACAACAACAGGGAUUGGUAUCUCUCACUCUUGAACCUGCCCAACACCCACUCAUCUCCAUCAUCGUGUUCAUCCUCCACAUCCUCCAAACGACAACGAAGAAAGCGAAAGAACAAGACUAAAAGGCAAAACGCUCAAGAUUUCCUCCCAGUGGAAGGGGUAUACAUGGAUCUCACAGAGUCGGAUGUUUCCAUCACAGUGUACUAUCAUAAUAAUACUCCCAGCACAGGGCACCUACACAGUUUUUUCUACAAUGGGUACUGGUACUACCCUGCUAUGGAGUGCCCCUCCUUGUAUGCCCCUGGGCCUUACAUCCCACCUGUACACUGGCACAUACCCCAGUCCUACUAUUUUAUGGAGCAGGACCUUGAAUCCAUCCCCAAGGAGCACAUGAUCCCACCAGCUGAGUUGCCAAAAUUCACUGCCACCCAGCCACCACAGCGUCCAUGGAUACCACUGGCACACCCAGAGAGGAACAAACCAACUGCCAUUUUUACUGUAAUGUGUUACAAUGUUCUCUGCGACAAGUAUGCAACACGCCAGCUUUAUGGUUACUGCCCAACAUGGGCACUAAACUGGGAAUACAGGAAAAAGGGAAUACUGGAAGAGAUUCGCCAUUACAAUGCAGAUAUUAUCAGUCUACAGGAAGUAGAGACGGACCAAUUCUACAACUAUUUUCUUCCUGAGCUGAAGCAAGAUGGUUAUGAUGGCAUCUUUUCGCCAAAGUCACGGGCAAGGACAAUGAGCGAACAAGACCGGAAGCAUGUAGACGGCUGUGCCAUUUUUUAUCGUACCUCGAAGUUUGGUCUCAGUAAAGAAUACUUGAUUGAGUUCAACCAGCUGGCCAUGGCUAAUGCAGAAGGUUCUGAUGACAUGUUGAACCGAGUAAUGACCAAAGACAACAUUGGUUUAGCUGCCCUGCUAGAAACCAAGGAGGGAGUCUUUGAGAAUGGUCUCCCGUCAGAAGUACGGCAGCCUAUUUUAGUGGCCACAGCACACAUACACUGGGACCCAGAAUUUAGUGACGUCAAGCUCAUCCAGACAAUGAUGCUGAUGUGGGAGCUCAAGAAUAUCGUCAAGGAGACAACCGUUAGCUUCCGUCCGGGCUCCAGUGGUGCCACAGAAGUCAAUUCCAUUCCAUUGAUUUUAUGCGGGGAUUUUAACAGUUUACCCAGUUCAGGUGUGGUGGAGUACCUGAAUACAGGGAUGGUGUCCACCACUCACCUUGAUAUGAAAGACAAAGGCUACGAGACCUGCCUUCAGAAAUUCCAGUGUGGGGAGUCCAAGGACAUCUAUACACAUAGUUUUAAACUGUCACAGGCCUACUCAGAGGAUGUCAUGCAGUAUACAAACUACACAUACGACUUCAAAGGCAUCAUAGACUACAUCUACUAUUCCCGGGAUCUGAUGUCACCUCUAGGGGUAUUGGGUCCAUACGACACAGAGUGGUUCCAGGAGAACAAAGUCCACGGCUGUCCACAUCCGCACAUCCCUUCAGAUCACUUUGCACUAUUGUGCGAAUUUGAACUGCCUGUAUCUCAGACAGGAAACAACAGCAGUGUGAGAGGGAGCGUGAACUCCUCUGGCUCCAACAGCAUGCACAUAGUGCGGAGAUAGCGGAAAGAGGCUCGUGGAUCGGUUUUGGAAUCGGUUGCUCUCCCGCGGAAUCAAAGUCAAAGGAGGAGGUUGGGGUUUUAGAAAUGGGGAGUUGGAAGUGCCAGUCUUGAUUAAUGGUAAUAGAUUACAUGCUGUUCUUAUCGUACCUCAGAGAUGCACAUUUAUGUGUUCUGUCCACUUACCAUUUGGAAGAAGAAUUGUUUGUAAAAUAGAUCUGCAGUUUUGUACAUAUUGGAGAAAAAUAUUAUUUUUUCUUCUCUGUGGAUUGUAAUUAGUUUUCCUCUGAGUGGGAUUGCACUGUGCUGCAGUCUGUAUAUAGGUGGUGAUAAUAAGAAUUAUAAUUUGAAUGACAGGUGAUUUUAAUAUAAGUUUCAAAAAGGGAAAUAAGAGCAUCAUGGGAUGAAAUACAGUUUUCUCAUGAGGUAUUAUGAGCUCCUUCAACACAUUAAGAUCUUGUAAAAUUGGCAGCAAAAACUUUCUAAAUAACUUCUUUGUAUUACUGGAUUUUGUAAUGAAUGUCAACUGCAGAUAAAAAAAAGUCUGUUUGAGUUAUGAAGUCUAGUGCACUGGACUCUCCCCAAACAAACAAAUGUUGUCAAGACUAAAACAAAAAAUGUAAGCAUUAAAAGCACCACCUUGUGGGUGAUUCUUUGUAUAAUAGAAAGCACAGAUAUAUGGUGAACAAGAUACUCAGGUCACUUGCAGUCCCAGUCCAGACAUGCAGCUCUGAAUGUACUGAAGCAAUAUGAGGGUGCUGUCAAUAUUUUAUCUAUAUGGACUCGAUGUGCAUGUUAAAUAUUGCAUGAUAAAAGCAGAGACAAACUGCCUUUUUGUACUAGUUUAUUCCGAUAAAAAGGAGACCGUUUUUGUAAUACCAUCUAUCAUGUAGAAAUAAUUUGGAUGGCUAUGUGGUCUUGGUUGUAUCUUGUUUAUUCCACAGAACUAGAAUGAAUUCACAGAUAAUGAUAUUGUUAAUUUAGCAAUUGUUUAUCCUCAAGGGCAUGUAAAUGAUGUGGAAAGGUGUUCUUAUCUGUUAUUUUUUAGAGGAAACCCCUAAUUCUGCCUGAUAGCAAAGCACAAAUAAAUCUUUUAAGAAUAAUGAUUUCAAUGAUUUUUUUGUUGUAAUUUAAUAAUGCAAAAACAUCUAUUUCUUUUGGACCACUAUUCUGUUGCAGUUGAAUAGUCUGGCAGUUUAAAAUGAUGAUUCUCAAUUGUAUAUAUCAAUACAGGGGCUAAGAAAUGGUAAAGGACGUGGGCAAAAUUAAAUGUGGAUCAACCCAAAUGAUUAUGAUCAUUGGAAAAUUAGUGGGCAGGUGGAUAAAUAUUCAUUCCAUGUUUUAUUUUGGAUAAAUUGAGGCACUAAGCGUUCUUUUUACAAGCUGUGACGGAUUCCCUUUCUUCGAAAUUUUGGUCUAGCAUCAUAUUUCUGUAUACUUGGAUCUUUUCAAAUAAGUUUUGAAAAUCUGUCAAAUCCCACAGAAAUAGUAAGACACCAACCCUUAGAGGGUACAAACUGGAUUAUGUGUUAUUUUGACAGAGAUCAAUCUAUUUUCUUUUUCUUGGUGUCUGGAAAUGCAUUAUGUGUCAGGGUAGAGAUUUUUGUUGCUUUUAGAUUGUCACAUCCCUUGCAUGAUACAAAGCUUUGCAUCUGUCAUUGUCUUUUUAAAAUGAGUUUUUAAAUGUCAAAUGUGAAUUAUUUUCAGUCACAAUCCCAUCAUUCAGUGUAACAUAAGUCAUUAGAUUCCUCAAUAAGGUUUACAGAGCAACGGACUCAUUUUAUCAUUAAAAAUAUUGAAAGCGUCCAGGUUAUCAUGUUGUAAUGCACUUCUGUGUAAUUCAGAUCACCCUCAAGUUUUUUUUUCUUCAGAAUUAUAGUUGACAAAAGAUUCCGCUUAAAAUAUUUUGCAAAUCUAGUACUGAUUUUAUUGAGCUAUUGGAUAAAGUUUUGUGCUUUUAUCUUGACCUUUCACUAGAUGACACUAUUUUGCAAAAGGAUGAUCUCCACGCUCUAGGCAGCAACCACACAGAGUGCUCACUUGAGACCAAAGAAUAAGUUGGUGGCAAGUGAAAGUUGCACAAGUGAACAUAAUACUACAAUAGCUAUACAUUUGAUGUUGCUAGUUUGCCUGUAGCAUAGAAACCUUUAUAAUUUUUUUUAAUUAUUUUUUUACUCCCUAACAAAAUCGAUAAGUUUGACUCUAUUGUACACAGUUGUAUUGCCAUAGCCGCCAAUAGUAGUAUGGGUAGACACUUUGAAGUGAAAGUAAUAGAAUCUCUUGAAAGUAGAGUUGUAAAAUUUUGAUAUUGUGGGGAAAUAAUCACUGCAUGAAAGGUUUUUAUAAGAGAGUUGUAUUGGGACUCUGUGUAGUUCUAUCUGGUAUAGUGCUGCACUCAACAGUGGUGACUCCCCAAGUCUCAAUCAUGCAAGUAUACUUGGUCAUCACAUUUAUAAAAAAAUCAAACAUAUUGUAUAACCUCAGUGGCACUAUUGUAAUUGAUUUCCAAUGUGAAAGAUAUAUUUCUAAUCCUAACUUCAUUGAAAUAUCUUGUAGCUAUAUUUCCUUGAAUUUUUUAAGAGCUCUUAUGGAUGUAUGUACUGUGACUUAAUUUUUGCUGUAGCUUGAGUUUGCUUUAUUUGGUGUCUUGUCAUUCCCAAACACCCUGUGUUUUUAAUGUAAUGCAGCUGCAUUGAAAAUGAUGGAUGGAAAGAAUUGGGUUUAAAGCAGCAAGGGUUUUUUAAUUUAUUGCUGUCUUGGCAAGAAAAUAAAGGUAGAUUUUUUGCAGUUA